AGGUUAUUCUCAGGCGUCAGGAUUAAACCUAUCUCACAUCAUGUGUACCGGAAAAUGUGCAUUUUGCGUCGGGACGAGCCUGUACCCGCUGGCGGUCAUCUCCAUAAUCUGUAAUAUUAUUCUGUUUUUUCCUGGCUGGGAUGUUAAGUACUCGCAGAAUGGACAACUUACUGAGGAGGUCAAGUACAUGGGGGGACUGGUCGGAGGGGGAGUAAUGGUGCUGAUUCCAGCAUUUCACAUUCACCUGACUGGAAAACAAGGUUGCUGUGCUAAUCGCUGUGGGAUGUUCCUGUCCAUUUUAUUUGCAGCAGUAGGCGUUGUUGGCGCUCUCUAUAGUUUCAUAGUAGCGCUGAUGGGUCUAAUUAAUGGGCCAUACUGUUUAUCUAGCUUUAGUUGGACCACUCCCUUUAAAGACAGGAACGAGAGUUACCUUAAGGACCGUGACUCAUGGAAAGAUUGCACCGAGCCGAAGAAUGUGGUGGAGUUUAAUGUGGGUCUGUUCUCCACACUACUGGUGACCAGUGCUGUGCAGCUCGUCCUUUGUGCAGUGCAGAUGAUCAACGGUCUUUUCGGCUGCCUCUGUGGAACCUGCAAAAAAGACAAGGGGCCGCUGUAACUCCUUACUGCUCCAAACGCCCGGGAGACCAUAUCCAUCACACCUGCCACCCAGCCUCCCAAUCAGCUACCGAGCGCCAUCUUCUGGAAGAUGUUGAAGAAUUUAAUGGAAUGUGUUUGUACUUUGUGUGUGUACACGUAAAUCUUUUCAUAUUUUGAUGUUUAUUGCUUACAUUUUUUCUUACUACUGUUUUUUAAGUAAAGGCAUAUGCGUAAUGACUUCUAGAGCCAAUCAUAUUUUUUAAAGAAAGUUGCGUUAAUUAAUGGCAUAACACUCGUUUUGUAUGCAUCUGUUUUUUAUAGGUUAAAGAUUAAAUGAACAUACUAAGAAUAAAAUCCAAACUGUUACACAA